UUGAUUUUGGAUUAUAAACUCUAAGCGCCAAUUCGCGUGGAAACCCAACAUCCCAACAUCACACGACGACGCAGUGCAGGUCCCUGACGACAUCGCCGAUCCCACGUCGGUGCCACUGCCCAUUUCCGAUCAUUACCGCGUGACGAGCUCCAACGGGCCUGGGAUAGCAGGCGAUGGUCGGGAUGCGUAUUUGGAUGGUGUGCAGCGCGGUGAUGAUCUGAGAGGAACUGCUGCGGCGACAACCACAACGACCACGGUAUCACCCCCGAAGACGAUGACGAUGCCAGUGCAAUCGAGAGCGGAAAGCAGGGCGAGUGACCGACUUCGAGAGCUGGAGCGGGAAAGGAUUGUGGCGGAUGAGGUUUCGAGGAAUCGGACGCGGACGGUGUCGAGGUCCAGUAAUGCGGCGGCUGUGGAGGCGGGGGAGAGGUAUCCUGGGAUUACGAUUGCGGGGCAUCGGUUUGGGGGAGAGAGUCCUGCCUCUUCUGUGACUGCGAGGGAGAGGGAGAGGGAGUAUCGUGCAGCUGCUGCUCCCGUUGCGACGACGGCGACGGCGGUGGAGAGGGAGAGGGGUGGGGAGUAUUGUGCAUUGACUGCCCCUGCGACAACUGCGACGACGUAUCCUGCCACGACUGCGGUACCAGCACCCGCAUCGUACACCGCACCACCCCACGGAUAUGAUUAUCGGUACGACCCCAACAGCACAUCCAUCGCCCCAGUACCCACUUAUUCAGCACCACCCCCACCCGCCCCCCUCUACACCGCCCCACCCCCCCACACCUCCCCUGCCCGCACCCUCCAAUCCUACGUCCGCCCCGCCGGCCUCCCCUCCGGCGCCACCUUACCCGCGCGGGACCAAAUCAUCUUCAACACACCGACAACCCUCCCGCCCUCCCGCGUGUUUUCGCCGGUGUAUGGGUAUGGACCGGGAACGAUGCAUGAUUAUAGAAGGGUGGUGACGGAUCUUGUGCCGGUGGAUGGGGAUGAGGAGGGGAGGGAUUAUCAUUUGAGGAAAGGGGGGAUGGUGGGAAGGGGUGAGAAGGUCGUGGGGAGGUAUGAUCAGGGGGUGGAUAGGGAGGCUGCUGGAGUGCGGUAUGGCUUUCGUGAUAACGGAUCGCCGGCGAGAAGCUACGUAAACACGCCGGCACAAUCCACCAUCCGAGAAUCGAACAACAGUUCCCCGCGACGAAGUCGUGCAUCCUCACCCGUCCGUGCCACGACCAGCACAGGCAACAGUAGACCCAUCUCCCCCGCCCGCACCUCCACGGCAUGGACAUCGACAAACCCACCCCAACCGUCCACCCACCCCACAUCCACCAACAUCAGCAGAGCAACCUCCCCCACCCGUCCCGCCGUGCACUUCGAACCGGAGAAAGUGCGCACAGCGGGGACGUCGCCUACCCCGCCCACAACUCACCUACUCGGCAUUUCUACGCUACCAUCACCGCCGAACACGCCACAUACGGCCACAACGGCAACAACCGCGUUCCCUCCCUACUCAGCCCCUCCAUACGCCUACCGGCCCCUCCACACCUACCCUACAGCAACGACAUAUGACCCGCACACGCACAGCACGCUUACGUUGAAGGACUACACCCGCCCGGCGUCGUAUAAGUCAUACGGAGGAGGGGAUCCGACGCGAGCAUCAGCGUAUCAAACCGAAUACGACCGACAGUUCGUAGACUGGACCGCGCCGGUGGGCGAGGUGGUCGCUGCGGGAAUGCCGUCGAAACGGGGUGGUGGGAUAUCUGCCGGGUCGGCGAACGCGACUGUGAUUGGGGAUGCCCGUGAUUAUUCGAGUGAGAGGGGUGGGGAAUACCCUCGUGAUGUGGGCACCCCCGUGGGGAGGGAUUACGCGGACCGGUAUGCGAGGACUAUCCCCCGGGUUGGAGUCAGGGGAGGCGUCGCGGAUACGGGGGUUUAUGCUGAUGAGAGGGUUGGGGGGAGUACUGGGCGGUAUUAUUGAAUGUCGAUGGGAUGUGUGAACGUGCGUAUGGGGAUUUUUUUUGGGUGGGAAGACGUGGGUUGAUGUUGACGUGGACGGACUCGGCCACAACGGUCGGGGAGUGGGAGGAUAAUUUUGCGGGGAUGAGAGAGACCGGGACGGAUGGCAAAGGGAGAAGCAAGACGGAAGUAUGGCAACGGGGCGAGUGUUUGUAUUCAACAUCUCUGCCCCCCGAUUGAAGUAUGUAACAAAGACACCCCUUGCGAAAAAAGACAAAAAAGUUAUUCUUCAAAUUGAUGCAUAUGUGCAAAUCGUGAAUACGGACACCGCGAGAUAGUUAUCGGACUUGUC